AUGCAGGUUUCCAUUAUAAGCCCUAAGGGGGCUAUUUGCACUUUUUGCACGCGCCCUGACGUUGCCAUUGUAGCCCUAGAGUUCGAAUCUCGCUGCCGCUUAGGGUUGGAGGACACCCCUAUUCUAUUGCAGUACACGAGCAAAUCCGCAACAUUUACAAAUGAACUGAGCACACUAGGUGAAUGCUUAGCUAACCUAAACGUAGUUUCGGUCGAUUCUCUCCAGUUCCACGUUCUUCCUUUGGAUUUAGCAUCAACCCCCAAUCACUACACAUCUGAACCUGAGACCGUCUUUGACCUGCUAGAAAGCUGGCAAUAUCACAAAUUGGACACUAUUUUGCUUUCAUUUACCAUAUUGCACUACCAAUCACUUGUAGCAGAGGCUCUUGUCAGCAAAAAGAACAAGCUAAUGAUUACGGCACACACGCAGCCCGAUAUAUCACCAUCUCACCCAUUUCUGACCAGUCCCUUAGCAAGGGAUCUAGCUACGAAAGUAACCUCUGCAAUCCUUCGUGCAAUCCCAACCCAUAAUCAAAAUAAAUCCGUUGACUUAGGGAUCUUUCAGCAGGAGAUUGCUGACUGGAUUGCCAUGGACUUGCGAGCGCAGCUAUCCUUUAGUGUGAUUGAGCAACAUGUAUUGAAUGCCAGCUCUUGCUCUUCUGCUCACAGUCUUCCUCCCAGACAAGAGCGAUUGUUACCAGGAAAGGAAGGAUCACUACCCGAUUCCCAAGUAUCUUCUCUCCACAAGCUUGGACCUUGUGGGGUUAAGAAUAAUUCAGGCAUAGACCAUACUCACAUGAAUCCAUCCCAUAACACUAUCCUCAUAGAAAACCUGCAAAGAAGAAUAGACGAGAGCGGGGCGUGCGCUCAUCUGGACUGGGAAGUCGUGACGGCAAGUCUAGACGGGGUUGAAAACCCAUUAGGAGUAUCACCUGCAUCGCCUCUUGUCCCGCUAAACCCCAUCAGUUAUCCACACUUUACUCUGGUUUUCAGCUUCCCGGAAGAUACAACCGACCGUAGGCCUGCCAUCUCUCGGAGCUGGUGUAUCAGUGACGAACACCGAGCUUCUCUAGACAAAACCACUGCUAUUACUGUUGAUGCCCAGCAAUCUCUGUCCAGCAACUUAGAGAAUACCAUCACCAUCUCGCCUCUUUUAACAUGUGACGAAGCAUGCUGCAUUGUGUAUGAAUACGCCUCUAGCCAGUAUGGAUCUCAAAGGUUGGACCUUGCACUCAGAGUAACACGACCGUACGAUCUUGUAAUAAAGCAAAGAGGAACCUCUGCAUAUCUAGUUGGGAUGGAUUACUUAAUCAACUAUGAUAGCGUUAGAGUUUGUCUAAAGAAAGCAGAACCUCUCUAUGUUACUUUAGCCAACCGAAAAGAAUUUGAAAAAGCCAUGUCCGACACCCUGCUUGGCCAUACAUUUGAAAAUAUUAUUUUCAACUUCAAUUUUAAGCUGUUUCUGCAGGAUUGCAAUCCCACUAAGAGUACUUUGAUUCAUGCCGGAACCAGCUCUGCUUCUGAACCAUCCGUUGGGACACCACCACUUUUUGAUGACCAAAUACUGGGAACUUUCGGUUCCAUUGUGCAUAAGAAGGAUGUUAUGAACCUUGAGUUUCAGCCCUUACUUAGGUCUCCUGCCAAGUCAAUCGCAAGUCGAGAGACCUGCAACAGCCCUGCCUCUAGUAUAGAUCUUAUGCGCUCUUCAAAUUGUACUAAGCAAGCAGAUGAUGCAGAAGCGGAGAGGUUAGAGUCUACUCCAUUUGAAUCGUUGACUCCAGUCAUUCCGAAAAUACAUGCUGAAUCAGCGGCUAAAGGCAUUGGCCGAGCCAAUAGUUUCUUAAAAUCACCUACUCUUGCGCCACUCAGAACGAAUAGCGAAGAGAAUGCAAGCAUCUGUGCUGAAUCUUAUUCGUGGGACCCAAAGUUGCAACCUCUACCUUUGCCACCAGGCAAUCGGUUCUAUGAUGAUUACGUUGAGUACUACUCAUUCUUGUCGUCGUCUACCUUCGAUUUGUUGAUCCAAAAGCGCUGUGCUGAGUAUGCCAAAGAUCCACUAUCCUUUUAUACACGAUACUGUGGAUCUGUAAAGGGAGUCGUUCGCAGGUGCCCCCUAAGAUUUGCACCCUUGACUCAAUUAAUGAAGCGAAAGAUUGUGCCAGACAAGCAAUCCAUGAAUCAGUCACACUUUUUACCAAGCAAAAAGCAUUCAACUGCCACUGUUCGUUCCCCUGAAGAGUUGACAAUAGUGGAUAUACGUACUCUUGACGAGGAAUUAUCGGUGCGACUACUUGACGUGUCGCUUCCUCUAAGUAGCUUUCCAAAAGAGAACAUUUCUAAAUUUAAAUCCACCAAAUGGGGAACCCGUCCGUACAAUGUCAUCGAUUAUGCAAUGCAUAUUGAUCCACGCUACACAGCUAGAGUAGAAGCAGACUGGCUCGCUGAGUUACUACGUAUUCUGUGUUUUUCAGAUCAAAAGCUUUCUACCACAGACUCCAGCGGACCAAUGAAUAGACUGUCAACUCCUGUGCACAGAGCUGAAAGAAGGGGAUCAGAUGCUCAAUUCAAUGGAAUGAUACAGAAUUUAAAAUAUAUUUUGGCUGACAUAGAUCAACUUCUUGCUGAUCUGGGGGCAUCGCCAAUAUUCGAAGAAGCAUUCUAUUCAGUAGAACAGAGCAUACUUUCUCACGAUAAUUCCUUGACCAAAUCAUUAGACUGCAAGAGCUCUGAAGAGUUCCAGCGUGGUCCUCAAAAGUUACCCGAGGAUACUACUCCGCUCAAAGAGCGGGUCUCCCUAGAUUUACACUUGGCAGAUCUUACUGUCCCACCUCCGCCGAUCACUGACACAGCUGACGAGAUUUCUUUCAAGCGGCAAUGCAAAAGGACAAGCGUGAAGGAUACUUCUCAAGUGGACCCAGCAGAGUCCCUCCUUGUUUCUUCUAAAGCCUCACAGGACAUUCUUAAGAUCAAUACAACAUACGUAUUCACUACAGUGGCCCAAAUCCACGUCGGAACAGAACCAAUUUCAGAUAAAGCUUUUGCUGGCUAUGCGGCCCUUGAAUUCAGUGAAGUUAAGAAAGCAGAGGUUGUUUGCAAGCUACACUAUGACACAACUCUUAGUUUUAAGAACUUCCUCACCAAGUUCCUCCCUUUUGGUGCCCAAAUAGUAUUCACAGUAUAUGCCGUGAACAAGAAAUCUCUCGGUCGUUUGAUACAGGCCGCGAAUGUCACUAAUCAGCUUUUCUCGCAGUCAUAUAUCAAACUUCUCAAUGAAAAGCAAUCCUCUAUUCUGCAAUCAUCCAACCAAAGUGUGUCUACGAUGUUCAUAGAAACAUAUGAUGGGCUCCUAGCCGAUAGUUCAACUCUGAUACUAGGUAGUGUGAGCGUACCAUUCUUUGAUUCUUCUGGGGCUCUUUCACGGCGAGUGUAUGAGGUGCCACUGUGGCCAGGAACAGACGCUAGCGAUGUCCUUAGCAUGCUUCUAUUUCGCCCAUACACACGGGGAGCUAUGCGCAUAAGCUUUGAGUUUCCGAUAAAGUCGACCGAAAAAGUGAUCAAGUCCUUAAAAUUCUCGCCAAUGGUUAUUAGCACGGAUCCAUAUAAGCCACCUACAGAGGAAACCCUUGUGAUGGCCUCCUCGAACGUUAGUAUUCCAUCUGGACAGAAUUCUAGGUCAUCAUCUAAGACUCGUUCAGCGUCAAACAAGCGUUCAACCAGUAGAUCUUACUCAACGCGCGGAAGAGGUGCAUCUAGGCGGCGAAAUGCAUGUAACACUAUUGUUGAUAAAGAUGCCCCUGUCAUUUUUAGCGAAUUCAACCCCCUGUCAUUAAUUGGGGCCACCGCACAUAUGGAAGCAGAAGAGGUUAACAAGCCGUUUAACACUUUUAUCUCUUCACGGCCAAAGUCAAGUAAAAGUCGCACAAGACAAAGCAUUUUCAAAGACAAGAAAGACGACAGGCGUGCCAAGCAGUCACCCUUUAGUAGGCGUACGCAGUCCAAGGUAAGAGUCAGUAACCGUAGUUCCUUUUCGUCACAGAAAGACGGAGAUGAUAGGUCUUCGUUUUCAGGGAUCGCCUUAUCCUCAUCAUAUACUAAGCACAAUCCUGCCUCUCUACACAGAGACUCUGCAUAUGACGCUACCUACGACGUCCCCGAAGACGACGGUAUCUCCAAGAACUAUGGCACUCGGCGUAGCAGUGCCUUCAGCUGUACCCAAGCUGUGUUCCAACGUAAACUUACUACAACGAUUGAGUACAGCACAGACAACGAAUUGUCAGAUACAUCCAUGCUUCCCCCAACGCUAAAAGCUGUUGCCAGAAGGGUUUCCUCUAAUAGCGAUGACAAUGCGUACAAUGACAACCCAGAGGACCAGCACAAUGAAAUAGACGUAAGCCAAAAGCGAAAUUACUACCUAAAGCUUCUCUGCAUCCUGAAGUCGUAUAUCGAAACCAACAACCAAGAUACCCACUGGGGAGAUUAUACUUUUUCCGUCUGUACAAAGUUAGAGGCACUCUCUCCUUUUCUAACAUACCCUUUGACAUAUCUGACAAAACUAGAAUACCAGCAUCUGUGGGAAUACAAAGACCUAGCCCUUUGCGAUCCUGUUCUGCUAUUUAGACUAAGCCAAUCUAUAAACUAUAAAAAUAAAGAUUCUGUUCAAAGUUUCUAUAACAUUCUGUCCGCAAAGAAAAUAGAAGACGUCACACUGGAUACUGUCAUGAACCUCUUGGCUAGCGCUCAAACAGAUCCAAUCAUAAGAGGUUUUGCUGUUUCUGUUCUAAACACCUAUUCUUCUUAUGAUCUCGAGCCUCACAUCAUGCAACUAGUCGAGCUAUGCAAGUAUGACAUGGUCAAUGCGGGCUUAGCAUCUUUCCUCAUAAGAAUGGCCAUUAAGGAGUUCCCAACAUUCGGCUACCCUCUCUACUGGGCUUUUCGCUGUGAGAUGCGGCUAAAUCUUGUUUUUAGCAGUGCAUACUCUCUAUUCAUGCUUAAAAUCUUACUACAUCUGCCAGAAAAUCAACGAAGAAGCAUUAUUCUUACUGAAUUACUACUUAUUAUAUUACUUAAACUGGCCAAGUUCUCCUAUCGGAAGAAGAAGGAAUCCAUCGAUGCUAGUAAGGGCACACAACUUCGUGACGUGCCCAGCUUUAUAGGACGCAUAAACAACUUACUCACAAGACUAAAGAACAUAUUAAAAGUGGAUUGCUUUAAGCUGCCUCUAUCUUACGACAUAAAGUUGGCAACCUUCUGUGUGGUUGAGUGUGCUGUUCUUUCUAGCAAGAAGGCACCGCUACUCCUUUCCCUGAAAACAGCUGACGGCGCUUUCAACUACAAGUGUCUUUUUAAGACUCACGAUGACCUGCGGCAGGACAGCCUUGUGCUCCGCACAUUUUCAUAUAUCCAAAACGUAUGGUACAACAAUAAUAUUAAUCUGGCAAUGAAGGUAUAUAGCUGCGUUGCAACAGGGCCAUUCGAGGGUUUGAUAGAGCUUGUUCCCGACUCUGAAACUCUGGGGUCCAUAGAGCAUACGUUUGGGGGUGCUAGGGGAGCAUUUGCGAGGGGCCCUAUCAUGAAGUGGCUAGUGGAUUCAAUAAACCUCCACGACGAGGAAUUUUUACGUGUACAGAAGAAUGCACAACAUAAUAAUAGUUUGACACAGGAGAUGAGGUACAGCCUGCUAUUAGAGCCAGAGGAUGACAAUCGGGCGAGUGAGACUAGUGAGCUGACCAUCUCUGAUGUGGAGCAAUCUGUCCUGAAUAAGGGAUACGACGACACCAAUCAGGGCCUAUUCAAUACCACAGCCAGCGUGCCUACGACUCUUAACACUAGAAGUCUCUACUCCAAAUCUUCACGAGAUAGCAUAUUUCAAUCCGUCUCUCAGCUCUCCCUCAUACAGAAGCAUACAGCAACAAGGUACACCCAGAUGAUAUCCAACUACCUUACGUCAAUAGCAGCAUACUGUGUGGCAACUUGCAUUCUUGGUUUGGGCGACAGACACAAUGACAAUAUAAUGCUAUGCCAGGACGGUACCUUUUUUCACAUAGAUUUUGGUCACUUUCUUGGUAAUUUUAAAAAGAAGUUCAACUACGAAAGAGAGCGGGGACCAUUCUUCUUCAUUCCAGAUAUGGCUUUUGUGCUUAAGCACCAUGACUACGUUAAUGGCACAGAGUAUGAGAAAUGUUUUGAAAAGAUGUCAGCAGAUGCCCUACUAGCAAUCAGGCACCACAGCAGCGCUCUGAUAAGCCUUUUUACGAUCAUGAUACCCUCUGGUAUCCCUCAGCUGACAUCUCGGGAGGAUGUGCAAUGGAUUGAAGACCAUCUGUUCCUAGAUAUGAGUGAGUCCGAGGCGCACAGACACUUCAUUCGGCUUAUCCACGAGGCAGAACGAUCUAAAAGAUACUUGUACAACAACAUGUUUCAUAUUUUGGCUCACUACAAGAAGCGGCGAGGAAGCGCCUCCUCCAACUAA